AUGGAAUUAAACCAAACUAUAAAACUAGCCACCGUUAAUGAUAUUGAAAAUGACAAAAAUAUUGAUACAUUAAGUUUAUUAACAAAAAUGGAUUUGAAAUCAUCAAAUUGUAAACAUGUGAAUUGCAUGAAAAUGAAAAAUAUCAAUUUUGAAGAUUCAUUAAGGAUGAAUGAUGAACAAAUUAAAGUAAAGGAAGCUGUUUUCAUUUUACAAAACAUGGAAAAUUUUAAUUAUUCUAUAGGAUAUAGUGAAAUACAAAAUAUAAGAAAUGAUUUAAGAUUAUUUGCUGUAAACAGUUAUCAUGAUAAGAAAUAUUCGGAUUGUUUAAUUCAAGCAAUUCAUUCUUAUAUGAUAGCUAAAAAAUAUUAUUCAAAAUAUUUCGGUUAUUACUUAACUGGUGAUAUGAGCACAGAACUAAUUUUAAUAUGCAAAUGUUUUUUGUUAGUACAAAAAAUUGAAGAAGGUAAAACAUACCUUCAAGAAUUAAAAUUUUUAAUAGAUAACACUUUGCUAUAUACUCACAGAAAAGGUAUACUUGAUAACAAAGGAUUAAAAAAGGAAGUACAAUUAGAUAACACCAAAAAAAAUGAAGACAAAAAUAAAAAUAAUGAUAAUAAUAAUAAUAAUAAUAAUAAUACAAAUAGCUCUGGUAAUAAUAAUUAUGAAGAACCUGUUAUAAUGUGUGGUAUUCAAGUAUUAGCAAAUAUACUUUACAUAUUUGCAGAUAUGCUAAGCCUAUAUAAAAAUAAUGAUGAAGCAGAAAACUAUUUCUUGAAAUACUUACACAUUAAUGAAAAAUGUUAUAAUGAUGAUAGUCUAAAUUAUAGUGAUGCAUUAAAUGAUGUAUGCUCCUUUUACAUAAAAAUAAGAGAAUAUCAAAAAGCAUUAACUCUUUGUGAAAAAAUUUUGAAUAUCAGGAAAUUGUAUUUUGGGGAUUACAAUGCAGAUAAACCAAGCGAAAUUAUUGCAGAUUGUUAUUGUAAUUUAGGCCUCUUAUAUAGACUAACAGGUAAUGUUGUUGAAUCAUUACAUAAAUAUAUUAUUGCUGUAGAUAUGAGAAUGAGAAUACAUAAAACAAGACAUGUUAUUCAAAUACAAGAUAUUCUUUUUUCCUUUGCAAUAAUUAUGCACCAAUUAAAUAAUUUUAAAAUGGCCUUGCAAUUAUAUAAAGAAGUUUAUUCCUUUUAUAAAUCUUAUUAUGGUCCCAAUGAUAUGAACACUAUUAUGACUUUAAAACUAAUUGAAGAACUGCAAAAAGAUGUAAUGAACAAAUCAGGUAAAAGUAUAAAAGAACAAGAUUCAUCUUAUCCUAUCAUGCCGAAUUAUGUCAAAGACAAAAUUGACGACACAUUUAUUAAUAAUAAAAAUGAAAAAUAUCAUCACACAAAUAAAACACAUAAUAAUAAUGAUAAUAAUAAUAUGUGGUGCAAUACAUUUAAUGAGAAAAUCAAAAACAUUUCAAACAAUUUUAAUGAUGUAAAUCCUAAUUUAAUAGAACAAAUUAUGAACGAAAAAGUUACAAUAAACACGAAAAACCCAUAUCAAAACAUAAAUGAUAAAAAAACUUUUUUAACACUACAAGGUAAAGUCGCAUAUAAUGAUUUAACAUAUUCAAGUAUUGAUGCUUAUAAACAUAUGCAAUCAAAUAAACAAUUUCAAAUCAUUAAGAAUUCUUUUCUUAAUACAUCAUCUAUUAAUAGAAUCAAAUCAUUAUAUGCCGAUUCAUGGAGAAAUACAUUAAUUCCAUCCACAUAUAUAUUACCAUUUGUAGAAACAAAAUUAGUUGAUAAAAAUUUAAUGAAAUUAUCAGAAUGUAAAGAUUUCCAAAACGCCAUAUUAUUUAAAAGGAAAAUAUUACCAAUUGUUAAUAUACCGUUAAUGGAAAGAGGUUAUGUACAAUUACAAAAUGAUCAACCAAUCAUGAUAUGUAAUGAAGAUGCUAAAAUUUUAUUGAAUGAAUGGAAUAUAAAAGAACCUUUUGUAGAUUCUCAAGGAAAAGUUAUUAACAAAUAUGAAAGUCUAGAUAAAGAAUUUGAUAUGUUUAUACCUAUAUUAGAUCAAAAUGAUGAUCUCAUGCUUGGAUUCUAUAAUACACCUUUACUUGUACCUAACCCCGCAAUACAUCAUUGUAUUCUUUUAAAUGACCCAAGCUAUUUUGACAGAUAUAAUCGUAUUAAUAAUAUAUUCCCAAUUGAUAGCUUAAAAUUUAAAGAUAAUCUUACAGAUCAUAAUAAAAGUGAUAUUUCAAACUCAGAAAGUUAUAAUAGUCUAAAUCACUCGCUUUUAGAAAACACAGACAGUGAUUCAGAACAUUCAACAACAAAAAAAAAUGCCCCUUUGAUAAAUAAUUCCAGGGAAAAUAUAUCAUCAUUACAAAAUUUUAAAAAAGAUACCAAAACACCAAAAUUUUCCAAAAAAUUUAACCUCAAAUUAAAUGAUCCAAAAAAAGGACUCAAAUUAUCAUUUUCUCAAUCUUCCUCAAAACAAUCUAGCGAAAUAAUAAAAACUAAAAGAUCUGUUAUCUCCAGUACGCCAAAUACUUCAUCGAAAACAUCAGAUAUUAGCACACAAAAUAUUACCAAAACUAUUAAUCAAAAUGACACUCCAAAUAUUAUCCAAAACCAACCUUCAAAUGGUACCCUCAAAAGUAGUAGUCCAGAUGUUAGUCCCAAUAGUAGUGGCACAAAUAUAACAUCAAAAGAUAAUUCCCUAUCUAAAAAAAUAACAAUUAUAAAAGGUAAGGAACUAACGAAAAAUAAAUCAACCAAUAUUGCCAAAGACCAAGAUAUAACACUAAAAAUACAAAACAAAAUGGAUAACAAAAUAAAUAACAAAAUAAAUAACAAAAUAAAUAACAAAAUAAAUAACAAAAUAAAUAACAAAAUAGAUAACAAAACAGAUAGCAAAAUAGAUAACAAAACAGAUAGCAAAAUAGAUAACCAAACAGAUAACAAAACGGAUAACCAAACAAAUAACCAAACAAAUAACCAAACAAAUAACUUAACAAAUAACCAAACAAAUAAACAAACAAAUAACCAAACAAAUAAACAAACAAAUAACUUAACAAAUAACCUAACAAAUAAACAAACAAAUAACCAAACAAAUAAACAAACAAAUAAACAAACAAAUAACCAAAUUGAAUUAUCAAAAGUAACAGAAGAAACAAAUCUUACGCUAAGUGAUAUUAUGAAUGGGAAGAAAGCUAAUAAACCUAUCAAAAAUAAAAUUCCAAAGAAAAAAAUACACAUUUUUAAACUUAAUGAUAAUAAUACCAGUAGUAGAGGUACUUCCAAAUUUUCAAGAGAAAAAUAUGCAUUAAAGAAAUUCAGUAAAUUAAAUUCAUCCUUUAAAACAUCAAACGAUAAAUUGAAAUUAACCACCAAUGAAAAUAAAUCGAAUGAAGCGGAUACUUUAGAAAAAACAAACAGAAAUCUAAAAUUCAAAGAAGAACCAAUUGUCAAAUCAGCCAUGCAUCCUAAUAUCAAAAUGGAUUUAAGAAACAAUAUGAAGAAAUUAGAACAAUAUUCUUUUGUUAAUUUCAAAAGAGAAAUAUAUGAUGAUGAUAUUCCAUCUAAUAACUACACAAAUUCAACCAUUUUUUCACAUGAUGAUGAAAAAGAAACGGUUUCUAGCUUUAAGGAAUAUAAUAAAGGUACUCAAAGAAAACAGAAAAAAAGUAUAUUAUCUAAUAGAAGUAGUACUGUUAGUUCACUAAGUCAUGUACAAAAUUAUGACAUUAUUAAAAAAAAAAUAAAAAUAAAUAAUAAAAAUAUAAAUAAAAAUAUAAAUAAAAAUAUAAAUACACUUACAAAUACAAAUACAAGUGCUCAUUUAAAUGGUACAAUUUCUGAUCACAUUACAUAUUCUAGUAGCUACCUAUCGAAAGAUGAUCAUAAAGAUCAUGAUACAAGUGAACUAAAGUAUUACAAAGAAAAACAAAAUAAUAUAAUAGGUAUUAUCGAGGAAUCUAUCGACAAUAAUAAUUAUGAUUAUCAUUAUGAUGACGAAGAAGAUGAUGAUGAUGAUAUUAACGAUGAUAUUGUAGAUAUUUAUAAAUUAUUUGAUUCCCAUUCUGAAUCUAGUUAUUCAAGUGUGAAUAAUUACACUUAUAGAAAUGAAAAAGAAGAUAAUAAUACUUCACUUUCUUCACAAUAUACAAUUGAUCAUGUGAUGAAUAAAAAAGAAAGUAAAACAUAUAAAAAUAAAUAUAAAAUAUUUUCAGAAAUAGAUAAUGUAGAAGAUGAUACAUUAUAUCAACCAUCAUAUAUGGAAACGAAUGACACGUAUAUCCAAUCACAUUUAAAGGAUACAAUAAAUAAUAUUAAAAAUGUAAAUAAAGAAGAUAUAUCAUUUAAAUUUACAUAUGAUGAAAAUGAGUUUUUAAAUAAUGAUAACGUAUUAUCAGAUAACAUCUUUGCAUCAAACAUGAUAAAUCAACCAAUGUUACAAAAUAAAAAAGAGGAAAAUAUAAUUGACACAAAUAUAAAUCAUGACAAUUUAUCUGAUCCUUCCGAUUUUAAUCAAUCAAUGUCAUUAAAAAAAGGAAAAUAUAAACAAGUAAAUGGAAAUUUAUAUAAUAAUAGUAGCAAACAUAAAUUGUACGAUCUUCAUUAUGAUCAAAAUAAUAUUAUGCUAUUGAAUAAUAAUAAAAUAAUUACGAACGAAAAAAAAAAUAUAAUAAAUAAUAAUAAUAAUAAUAUUGUCGAAGAAAUGAAAUUAAGUGAGAACGAAGAAUUUUUUCAUGAAAUGAUGAAUGUGUAUGAUUCUGAAAAAUAUAUGGAUAUAGUAUUAUGUGAUAAUAACGAUUUCACCAUGGAAAAAGCUACAAAUCAAACAUCGAUUAUGUAUGAUAAUAAAAAUGAGAAGGAUUCACAUUUUAAAAAUAAUGAUAAUAAUAUAACCCAUAAUAAUAAUAAUAAUAAUAAUAAUAAUACUAUAUUUGAGAAAUAUGAACAACCAGAAAUUCUUUCAGAAAAUAUAUUUUUAAGCAGUAAUUCUAUAGAAGAAUUAGAUUCCAAUUUAUUGAUUAAUAAAUAUAAAAAAAAUAAUUCAAAUAAUAUAUAUAGCAUUAAAGUAAUAAAUGAAAAAACGGAUCAUCAAAGUAAUGUAGAAUACGAAGAUGAAGCAAACAACAGUUGUAUAUCCAGUAAUAUUAAUUGCAAUACAAAGGAAAGAAAUAUAUACCAUAGCAAUGAUGAUAAUAAUAAUAUUAAUGUAUUAUGUGCAAAUCAUAACAAGAAAAAUAUUGAAAAUAUAAAUAAAGUGUUACAUAUAAAUAGUGAAAAAUAUAAUACAUUAAAUCAUAGUAUUAAUACCUUUAAUUUUAGUAACCCUAAUGAUAGUAAUAAUCAUUUUAAUGAAGCAAAUUUUGAUAAUCCACAAUACAUUGAUGGGAUAACAAAUAAUAAAAAUUAUUCUCAUAUUAGUAAUAAUAAAAAAGAAAAGAAAAAAAAAUAUAACUUAUCAUCAUCCUAUAAAAACACACAUAUAUCAAAACUAUUUACAUUUUUAUCAAAGAAAAGAAAAAAAAAAAAUAAUAAUAAUACAAAAAGGAAUGCAACGUCAUUAAAUAAUGUUUAUGAUGAAUUUUUAAAUAACGAUUUAUCAACAAAGGAAAGGAAAAUAUACAAUAAUAAUAAUAAUAAUAAUAAUAACAAUAUUAAUCAUAUUAAUAAUAGUGAUAAUAUUUGUCAAUUAACUAAACCUUUAAAUGAUCUAUUAUUUGACACGAAAACAUUUGAUGGUUCAAACCAUUUUGAUCAUACAAUAUUUGAUAAACAUGAUAAUAUAAAUAUAAAGAAAAAUAAAAAAACUCACUUGUUCAUAACUCAAUCUUCUCAUGGUAUGGAAAAACCAAAAUUAUUAAAUAUGAAAGGAAAAACGUUCACACUAAAAAAAUUAAUAGGAAUAAAAAAAAACGUUGGUCCUAAAAAACAACCACCCAUGCAAAACAAGCAAUUAACAAAAAAUUCAAAUAUGAACCAAACAGAAGAACCAAAUGAUAAUUCUCCUAAACAUGAUACUCCAAAUGAAAAUUCAACUAAAGAUAAUACACCAAAUGAAAAUCAGAAUCAUGAAGAAAUCAUUACUAAUAACCAAGAAGAAAAUAAACAAAUCGAAUUAUCAAACGAUAAUCAAAAUCAAAAUCAAAAUAAAAGUAUAUCAUUGAUUAAUAAUGUACAAAACAAUUCUGAAGACUUAACGAAAAAAAACAUAUCUGAAAAGAUGCAAUUAAAAGGUAUUCCAAAAAAAUCUAUGAAUGUAGUAAAACAUAAUACUCUUGAUAAAAUGAACGAAUAUAGCAAAAAUAAUAAUUUACUCAAAAGAAAUAAUAGUGCUCUUAAUAAAGAUGUCUCUUAUGCAAAAAACAUAAAUGAUAAGCUAUCUUUUAAUUUAUUAAAAGAUGUUAAAUUCUGUAAAAUUGGAUACGAAAAAGAUGAUUCUAUGGGAACAUUACCUGUAGUACAUUUACUAAAUGAAAAUAAAAAAGUUAUUGCUAUCGUACCAUGGCAAAUUGAUUUAACAUCCUUCGCUUUAGCAAAAUCUUCUAUAGAUGAAGAACAAAUUAGAAAAAUAGGAUUAAUGUACAGAGAAAUUGAUUUACCCUUAGAAGAUCGUCAAAAACAAAUACAAGUAGAAAAGAACCUUUUAUUAGGGGAAGGCUUAAAAGAACUAGGAUUAGGACGUGGAGGUACACCAGGGGUUUCAGGCGGAAUAGGUGGUGCCGUAGAUUCCGGUUCCAUAAAUUUAAUAUCAGGAAUAGAUUUGAAUGCACUCAAAGAGUCAUAUAAAAUUGAAAAGAAAAUUGAAGUUAAAGAAGAAAAAAAAGAAUCUGUACCCAAAAAAGAUACACCCAAAAGUAAAGGACCUCCAAAAGGUAAGGGAGGAAAGAAAGGGCCACCUGCUUUUAUGAAAGGACCUCCAAAAAAUGUAAAAGGUGCAUUGGCAGUUGGAAAAACCAAAUUUUCAAAACUUACUAAAGCAAAAGAUGAAGGUAAAACAAAAAGAUUCUUUUGGGAAGCUUUAUUUGAAAAUGAUAUACAAGGAACUUUAUUUGAAGAUAAAAAAGAAUUCAUAUCAAAAAUUGCUAUUGAAAAAGAAAAUGUCGAAAAAUCAUUUGCAAAAGCAGUCAGUAAAAAAGAUGAUGAAAAAGAAACCAAAAUCAAAAAACCAAAAGUUAUACAAUUGUUACCAGAUUCUAAAAGAGAAUAUAAUAUGUCAAUUGCUCUAUCAAAAUUUAAUAAUUAUACAUUUAAAGAAAUUAGAGAUGCAAUUAUGGAAUUAAAUCCAAAAAUACUUAAUAUAGAUAAUACAGAAGUUUUACUACAAUAUGUACCAACACCUGAAGAAUUUGAAAUAGUUAAAGAAUAUAUACAUUCUAAUGGAGAUCUAAACCUAGUAGAUAAACCAGAACAAUAUGUAGCAGCUAUUAUUGGUGUUCCAUUAUUAAAACAAAGAUUAGAAUCACAUUAUUAUGCAUUGUCAUUUAAAGAAAAUUAUGAAAAUACAUUAAAUCCUUUAGAAAAUAUAUUAGAAGCAUGUGAAGCAAUUAAGGAUUCAAACAAAUUGUUUACUAUCCUAUUCACUAUUCUUAAUGUAGGUAAUACAUUAAAUUAUGGUGAUGCACAAAGAGGUAAUGCUUUUGGUUUUAAAUUAAGUACUUUGUCAAAAUUAAAUGAUAUUAGAUCUAGUACUAAACCUGUUAAAACCUUAUUACAAUAUAUUUGUGAAGUCAUUUUUGAAAAAAGUAAAGAAACAUUAUCUAUUAUUGAUGAACUAAGAUGUAUUGAAAAAAGUAUUAAAACAGAUAAACAAACUAUCGAUGCAUUCUUACAAAAAUUAAAAUUAGGUUGUAAUAAAAUUAAAACUGUUCUAGAACAAGCUAAAAAAACACCCACAGAUCCAUUGUGUGAAGCACUUACAGAAUUUUAUUAUAGUGUUGAACCGAAAAUUGUUGAACUAGAAAAUUUCUAUAAUCAAACAUUUGCGGUCUUUAAAGAUAUAGCUCUCUACCUAGGCUAUAAAGAAAAAGAUAUUAAUACUAUCCAAGUACAAGAUUUUUUUAAAGAAUUAUGGACAUUCAUACAAGCUGUAGAAUUUAAUAGAAAAACAAUUAAUGAAGCAUUACUUAAACAAUUAAAAAUACAGGAAAAAGAAUUAGCAAAUGAAAAACAAGGAACUGUACUUAAAAAGAAACAAAAUUUUACUAUUACCAAGAAACAAGAUAAUGAACAAAAAGCUAAAAUAGAAAAAAAAACAUUCAAAAUAUUUUAA